AUAGAAAAAUCAAGACCCAAAUGGAGUGCCAUCAGAGUCAUCACAAGUUCUCUGAGAAUUAUAUGAUACUGAGACCAGAGGAUGUGAGUUUUUUCAAUAUUUUUUGCAUCUUAUUCAACAAUGGCAUGGAGAAGAGAGCAUUCGUGGAUUACCCCACUGGAAGGGAGGGAAAUAUUCCUCCCAAAUGGCGCAUCUUUUUUUCCCUCUUUGCGCAGAAGCUUCUGCAAUCUGUGGCCAUGCCAAUGUCAAAGCUUGGAUCAAAGUUUGAGAUGUGGCUGAACCUUGUAUCAUGUAAUCGCAACAUUUUUGUGCUCUUGGCAAAUGCUUUACGAGGUAAGGUGGUGAUGCCUGUUAAAGAAUCAGAAACGUUCUUGUCAACCAUUGGAUAUAUAGACCAGCGUGUGCAUUUAGACAAGAACAUAAAACCUGAUAAUUGCAGAUACUACAGUGCACUGGCUGCAAUGGCUGCUAAGAUAUCAUACGAGAAUCAGGCCUUUGUCGAAAAAGUUGUCAGAAAUCACUGGAAGAUGGAAAUAAUUGGACGUGGACAAUACAAUUUUUGGAACGAUUUUCAAGAAAAACUUACAACACAGGCUAUCAUGUUUCAUGACAAAAGUGCAAAUCCUGAUAUAAUUGUUGUGGCCUUUAGAGGUACUGAACCCUUUGAUGCAGAUGCAUGGUGUACUGACUUUGAUAUCUCCUGGUAUGAGCUUGAUAAGUACAUGGUGAAAAUUCAUGGCGGCUUCAUGAAAGCAUUAGGGUUGUUAAGGAACGAAGGCUGGCCGCGGCCGCAAGAAUGUGAACAAGAUGAUCCACCAUUAGCUUACUACACAAUAAGGAAGAAGCUGUUACAAAUUCUGAAACAAAAUGAUAGAACAAAGUACAUAUUGGCUGGCCACAGUUUGGGCGGAGCGCUUGCAAUUCUUUUCGUAGCUGUUCUGGCAAUGCACGAGGAGACAGAAUUGUUAGAGAGAUUGGAGGGUGUAUACACGUUUGGACAACCUAGGGUUGGAGAUGAGCACUUCAAGAAGUUCAUGGAAAGUACAUUGAAAACUUAUAAUAUCAAAUAUUUGAGGUUUGUGUAUUGCAAUGAUGUGGUUCCCAGGAUGCCCACAGAUGAUUCAAGAUUUUUGUUCAAGCACUUUGGGACAUGCAUCUACUAUAAUAGCAUCUACAAAGGGCAGAUAUUAGUAGAAGAACCACACAAGAAUUAUUUAUCAUCAUUUGCACCGAUACCCAGGUUUCUAAACGCUGUGUGGGAGCUACUAAGAAGCUUCAUUUUGCCAUACGUGAAGGGACCAGAUUACUCAGAAGGCUGGUUGCUUAAAAUCAUUAGAUGGUAUGGACUCGUACUUCCUGGUAUAUCAGCUCACAAUCCUCAAGAUUAUGUUAACCUCACUCGUUUGGGAUCUGACUCCUUAUACCUCCAACUUCAACAGCAACAUCUGUUUAACAAAAGUUGAUUAAGGAAGUAAACGACACACGUGUAGUAAUGACAUUGCGCUAGCAGCCCCUUCUUUUGAUAACUUGAUCGAGUCCACUCUAUGAUUAAUCUAGUGCCACAUUUAGACCCAGUAGUCAUUAGAUUCAUCACUUGUUCUUGAGUUAGCAGAAGCUCUUAUAAUCCUUGAGACCAUGACAGGUGUAUCAUACAUUCAAGCAACUAUGUUUAGCUAAUUAUCAAAUUAUUAAAAAAGAAAAGGCUAAUUAUCAUGGCAAAGAAAAUUGGCAUUCCGA